ACUAGGUACACGGUCCAAUGGCUGAGAGGCAGUGUAGGACAAACAGGAAGUAUCAUGUGUUGGUGACAGCUCAGGAACAGACCAGUGUGAAACAGCUGUUCGCAGUGUCUCGUUCGCCGGCUCUGUGCAGAGGGCAGAGACGUCCUGGAUGGGCGAAGAUGUGCAGAUUCCGAUGAGAGGUCUUGGCCUGUCCUCUCUGUGCCUGCAGGAGAAGAAAGCUCUGGUCAGUGCGGUCAGUGUGGCAGUGGAAGCCAUUUUGGCCCAGUUCAGCUCCUCUCGGACUGUGGUUCAGAAGUCUCUCUCAGUUAACAAGGCCUUAUCAGGAGACAGCUCUAUAAAUCCAUCUCUGGGCCGUCUGGUGCUGCAGUGCCUCUGCCACGCCCUGCACAACUUGCUGACCGAUGGCUUGAAACCCCAUCAGAGUGACCUGAUUGCCGGCAGGAGGCCAAACUCUGCAUGGGGCCUCGUCCAGGCCUCAACCAAGCCAGGUCAUAAAACACAAGCAUUGUUCAACUUACAAGUUCGAGUCGGGGAGUUGCCGCAGCUCAGAAAGAGCAAACACAGGUUCAAUGCAUUCCUCCUCGGCCUACUGAAUAUCAAGUUUCUUGAUUUCUGGCUCUCUCACCUUCAGUCGUGCAGUGAUGUGUUGGAGACAUUCUACUGUCCCACCUCCUUCAUGCGUCUGUCCCGCACCACCUGCCAGCCUCUGUUCGAGGAGCUGCUCCUGGUGCUGCAGCCCCUCAGCCUGCUCACUUUCAACCUCGACCUGCUCUUCCAGCACCACCACUUAGAGCCAGACUGUCAUAGCCCAGAGAUCCCUAGUCCGCCCUGUCAGGAGGCAAGGUUCCAGCUGUCAACUAAGGGGUCCCAGUCCAAAAGCACGGGCAGCAGAUAUAUUGAAAGCCUCUCAGAAGUGGACUUUGGAAGCUCAGAACAUCAGGCAGCUAGAGAUAAACUUUCACCGCAGGCUCCAAAUCCAAAGAACGAAGGAUCUCCUGUCAGUGCUGCACCAAUGAAAGCUCCGGCCUCUCUCAUCCACACAAGUCCUCAGCUUCAGUGGGUGCAGGAGAAAGAAAUUGGAGCGUUACCUCUUGAUGUGGACGAGGACAGCCUCACUCAACAAGCAGGACAGGUGAUCCAGCAGGGAUGGGGGGCUGUGAUUCGCUGGGGAGGCCGACUGCAACAGAAUCUGACUGAGCUGAGUCAGAAGAGGGAAGAAGUGAAGACUGAUUUACCGGACCUCCAGACCCCGACAGGCAGCGACUACACUCCGGUCAGCAGUGGCUCUCAGGUUCCCUGGAGUCUGGGUCGGCUGUUUGGAGCCUCUAAAGGCCCCAACAGCCCGACGGGUCACACACCACCAACCAGGCGUCCCUCUCAGUGGCUGGCUCCCAGUGUCUCGGCACUGACUCGGAUCAUGAGCAACAAUCCCGCUCAUAUGAAGGGGGCCACGGAGCCUCAGGGAGAAAGUGAGCCGGAGUCAGAAAAAGAGGCUGAGCCACUGGAGAUGAAGGACAAACCCCGGCCACUCAGGUCCAUCCGAACGCUGUGUGACCACGCCGGAGCCGGUUCAGAGCUCACCUUCUGCAAAGGCGAGGAACUGGUGGUGCUGGGAGGCGUCGACCAGGACUGGAUUCGCUGUCGUCAGGGAGACAAAGAGGGGCUCGUACCUAUUGGCUACACGUCCCUCAUCAUGUGACUUUGGCGCCGUAACUGCUGCACUCAAUCAAUAAUGAAAAAAAACAAAACAAAAAAGUAUAUAUUUUAGGCGAGUAUGGAGAGGUUGUGGUGAGGCUCCUCUACUCUGAAAGGGAUAUUUUACACUUUUGCUCGGUUUAGACUUUGAGUUGAGUGCAUAACACCAUCUGCUCUGCUUUGCGUUCAUCACGAGCAGGCUGCAGCUCUCUCCCUUCAUGAACAUAAGGGAGUUUUUUUUUUCCGCCAUCACAAUCCAUCCAGUUUGGUAGCAACUAAUGGAUCUUAGCAGCAGGACUGCAGCAGAUGGUGUGAUAUAAUGACUCAAGUCAAAUUUAGACCAUUUCACACAUGAAGAGCGUUGACGUCGGAGUGAAGUAUCCCUUUAAAUGCCCUUUUAGUCCUCAGUGUCUGCCUUCCUUGCCUUUAGCCACUGAUUUGAAAAUGAUCACAGGGGGUGGGAAAUCUGCGCAAUCGACCAAUGGCAGAUUCACACGUUUUCAGAUCAGCGGCUGCUCUUUGUGAGGAGGCGGCGGUCGACAGCCCGAUGGCAGCCACGUAAAUAUCUCUAUCCGUCAGCAGCAGAGAGUGGUGGUCAACGGGUUGUCGAGUGGAGGAAGCAUGUCAGAGUACUGGAACGUAGCCCCCGUUGCAUACUGCGUAGUAAUGUUGUGAAUUGUAGCUGUGUACAUCUGUGCUCUAUUGACCUUUCACCCCUAUUGACCUCUCACCUUUAUCGCCUGGUUCAUGUGUGUUUGACAUGUUUCUGCUUCUAUAUUUGACUGUAAAAUAUACAUAAAAUAUAUAAAUAUAAAUAUAUAUAUAGGUAUAUAUAUUGAGAUUAUUACCAAGAUAGAUAGAAAGAUAGAAGAAGAGGAAGAAGCAGGCGGUGAGAGAUGAGCAGCAGCUUGAGAGGAAGUGGAUGAGUAAUAAUGGAAGGAUUAUUUCUUUGUCUUUACAUCUACAUCUUCUCACAUACAUCAGGUGGUUUUCAUACAUGCAAAAAGAAAGGUGUGUGUGUGUGUGCGUGUGUGUGUAUUAGGUAUGAAAUCCAACAUCUUCCCUCUUGUGUACUUCCAUCGUCUUGUCGUCAUAUCUAUCAAAUAAUUAGACAUAUAGUAUUAUUCAUACCUGUAUGCAUUGCAUUGUGCCAUUAAUGCUUUGAAUUAAUGCCAGAAAAUACCCACAUGUCCCACUCAGCCAUAGACGAAUAUCUGACAACAGCAAUCUGUAGCUUUUCUCUCCACUCGUCCAAAACCUCACCGGGCCGACGUGGGUCAAAGGGAAAGCCUCUCACAAAACUGUGCUCAGCGCUCGUUCAACACUAUCUUAUCUUCAAACUUAUGAGGGAAUCCAUUCAAUCAUAACUCAUACCUGCUACUUUAAAGUCUGCGGGUUUGGUAGCUGGACUUCACCUCGUACCUCAGCUCUUUGUAUUUAACGUAAUUCCUGCCAUCAUUUGCUGAUCAUGAUCAUUGAUAUUAAUGAUAGUGGUAGUAGAAGUGGUGGAAGUGCUUUGUUGAUUCUGACGUUGAAAUAUGUUGCUUUGUGUCAUAUAUUUAUUCGUUAUUCUCUAGAUUCUGUAUUUAUGACUAUGCAUAGGGUUAAAUGUACAACAAAAACACAUUUCUUUUACAAAGUCAAGAUUAUAAUUUAAUGCUCUCAUGCAUUUAAAUUCUGAAGUAAUCAUUCAAAGUACAAAUAAGAGUGCUCUAAAAAAAUACAAAAAAUAAAGGACCUCAGUUUAAUUCAGCAGCAAAGUUUCAAUGCAAUGAAUCAGGGAAAAAUUCAGUCCUUCAAAGUUUUCUCAUCUUAUUGUGUCACUGCCAUGUAGCAUGAGAUUACUGUCACUAUGGCAAGGGUCCAGUAGCAUUAAAUUAAACCAGUGCUCAUAACUUGUAACUAAUCAUCACAAUCAGAUGCCAUCAAAUGGAUAUUUCAUAGAUGUUUACAAGAAAAAAUGUCCAGAUAGAUAUAUAUAUAAAACAUCAUUUCACACAUUGACACAUGACGUUGUGUUAAUCAAUUUUUUGUAUGGUGGAUAUUUGUUCCAAAAGUGAGAUUAUAUUCUAAAGGCAUUUAUUUUGAAAAUCGUUAAUUUAUUGGAUGUGCUACUUAUUGAUCUUGAGGUUCGUUUGAAAGGGAUAGCUCUCCAUCUGACCCAUCUAGUGUCUCUCUAUCUAGGUUCUGUGUGUGUGUGUGUGUGUGUGUGUGUGUGUGUGUGUGUGUGUGUGUGUGUGUGUGUGUGUGUGUGUGUGUGUGUGUGUGUGUGUGUGUGUGUGUGUGUGUGUGUGUGUGUGUGUGUGUGUGUGUGUGUGUCUGGCAGCGUGUGAGGCAGUGAAAGCAGGGAUGAGUGUCUGCACAUCCUGCACUUUCACUCGUGUGUGUGUGUCUGUUUAAGUGUACUGUUCCCCCCUCUCUCCUCUCUUUCUCUCACUGGUGUCAUGUAGCCUGUAGACAUCCCCAAAGUAUCCUACUAUUGCAUUUAGUUGAGUGCCCCCCUAGUGUCAGUCACUGUCCACCUCCUGCAUGUGCUUGUUUGUAAAUACACCAAAUAAAAUGAUCAGUAUAAACCGAA